AUGUCUGCUCGAGCGGCACCGAAGAUGAAUCCUAGACCCAUACGCAAUCCUACUCCGUUGACACAAAACACAAUUGUUGCCACACAGGAGAGGUGGGAUACAAUGGGCUCUAGUCCGCAGGGUUCUAGUAUAGCAGGCAGUGAGAAUUUCGGCCCCGUCGAAAUGGACACUAUUUUAGCCCCAGAAGAUCAACCGCCAACCUUGAUGCAAUACAAAAACUAUAACAAUCAAGAGUUUCUAACUGACCGAUUUGGAUUUAUAUAUGAUCAGCGACGCAAGAAGAGACAAAGAGAAGCAGCUGAGAGGAUGCGAAAGGGCAAGAGAGGUAGUCGUGUGGAAAUGCUUAAUGGUGGGAGAAGCAACACGAUAUCUGCAGCAGUAGCUGAAGGAGAUGAUAUCGAUGAUUUUCAUCCUGAGUCACCUGAGUCUAUAGCAACUGAUGACAAGGGUGAUGAUGAAGACAAGCCUGUGAAACGUUGGCAAGACUAUCUUAAAAUCGCAACAUUUCCCACGGAGUUACUAGCUCAUACACCAUCGGGUAGUAUGCCUGCCUUCGAAGUUAUGGAAGGAGGUGAAGUGCCAAGAUCCCCUGGGAUCCUAACCGAAGAAAGAGGAUUUGUUCCUCUGGCGACCACAUCAGCCCCUGCAUUAUCUAUCGCAUCAGAUACCGCCACAAUCUCGAAGAAUACUCCAUCGCCGUCCUCUACCCCGGUUCCUCCAACGGAAGAUACUGAACCCGUAAAAUUAUUGCUACAGCAACUUGGCGAAGUUCAUGAUUCUUUACAAAGAGAGAAAACCGUGCGGUGGAAUGAUUUCCUUCGCAAAGUUAGAGCCGAACGCAAACGUGAAGGAGAGGCAGCGGCCGCUGCUCUUGCCUUAAAUACAGACUCGCGGUCACAGCGACCUAUAGCAAUUAUGCCGGAAGCAAGCCUAGCAGAUGGUGAAAUGAUUGGUGUAUCUGGCUUGGGUAACAAAGGCAAAGUCGGUCGUGCCAAGUGGAAUGAGUUCAAGAAUUUAGUUCUUGGUGGUAUUCCGGUAGCAUACAGAGCUAAAAUUUGGGCUGAAUGCUCUGGAGCUUCUGCAAUGCGUAUUCCAGGCUACUAUGAUGAUUUGAUAGCUCGUAGUGAGGAAGAGGAUGAUCCAGCUGUUGUUGCUCAAAUUCAAAUGGAUAUCAAUCGUACAUUGACAGAUAAUAUUUUCUUUCGAAAAGGUCCUGGAGUCGCUAAACUAAACGAAGUACUCCUAGCUUACUCUCGACGAAAUAUUGAGGUUGGGUAUUGUCAAGGGAUGAAUUUAAUCACUGCAUGUCUACUGCUUAUUAUGCCAACGGCAGAGGAUGCUUUCUGGGUUUUGACAAGUAUCAUCGAGCAUACCCUACCACCUGGAUAUUACGAUCACAGUCUUCUAGCCUCUAGGGCAGAUCAACAAGUUCUACGACAAUACGUAGCCGAAAUUCUUCCCAGAUUAUCCCAGCAUCUAGAUGACUUAUGCAUUGAACUCGAAGCCCUCACAUUCCAAUGGUUUCUCAGUGUCUUUACCGAUUGUCUCUCCGCUGAAGCUCUAUUCAGAGUCUGGGAUGUUGUACUAUGUAUGAACGAUGGUAGCACAUUCCUCUUCCAAGUUGCGCUCGCUCUGUUAAAACUCAAUGAACAACAAUUACUCCAAUGCUCAUCGCCAGCAAAUGUAUAUACGUAUAUUAAUCAUCAGAUGACAAACCAUGCUAUCAGUAUCGAUGGAUUAAUUCAUGCGUCAGAAGGAUUACGCAAAGUGGUUAAGAGAAAGGAGAUUGAGAUUAGAAGAGCAAAAGCUAUCGAAGCAGAAAAAGAUUUAGUCAAGCAACGUGAAGCUAGGAAUGCAGCAAGGAAAGCAGAGAGGAUGGCAGCUUUAGAAUCGAGCCCGGAACUCUCGGUUUCAUCGCAAACGAAGGAUAGGGAUGGGGGAAGUGAUGAAUCGGAUGAAUUGACGGUUAGGAGUCCGAUGCCGGUAGAUGAUGAUGUGGAUUAG